AUGGCGCCCUCUCCGGACAUCAAUGUGCGCGUCACCACUAUGGACGCAGAGCUGGAAUUUGCCAUCCAAUCCAAUACCACUGGCAAGCAGCUCUUCGAUCAGGUCGUCAAAACUAUCGGGCUACGAGAAAUAUGGUACUUUGGAUUGCAAUACACGGAUACGAAAGGCUUCCCAACAUGGCUGAAAUUGAAUAAGAAGGUGCUGUCGCAGGAUGUGAAGAAAGAUUCCACAUUGAUGUUUAAGUUCCGUGCAAAGUUUUAUCCGGAAGACGUCGGAGAAGAGAUCAUUCAGGAUGUAACUUUACGUCUUUUCUACCUUCAAGUGAAAGAUGCAAUACUUUCUGAUGAAGUGUAUUGCUCACCAGAAACUUCUGUGCUUUUGGCAUCGUUUGCUAUGCAAGCAAAAUACGGUGACUAUCAACCGGAAACGCACAAGCCUGGUUGCCUCACCGCUGAUAGGCUGCUUCCGCAACGAGUAGCAGGCCAGUUCAAGAUGAGUUCCGACGAUUGGGAGAAGAGAAUUAUGACAUGGUGGGCGGACCACAGGGGAACUAGCCGCGAACAGGCUAUGCUUGAAUACCUGAAACUUGCUCAAGAUCUUGAGAUGUACGGUGUUAACUAUUUCGAAAUUCGCAACAAGAAAGGAACAGAUCUGUAUUUGGGUGUAGAUGCACUGGGCCUCAAUAUUUACGAGAAGUCGGAUAAGCUGUCACCGAAGGUAGGAUUUCCGUGGUCUGAGAUUCGCAACAUUUCAUUCAACGAUAAGAAGUUUGUGAUCAAACCAAUCGACAAAAAGGCAAAUGAUUUUGUUUUCUAUGCACCUCGACUUCGCAUUAACAAGCGCAUUCUUGCACUUUGCAUGGGUAAUCACGAGCUGUACAUGCGCCGUCGCAAGCCAGACACCAUCGAGGUGCAACAAAUGAAGCAACAAGCCCGUGAGGAAAGAGCUCUUAAGCAGGCCGAGCAAGAAAGACUUAACAAGGAAAUGUCCGCUCGUGAACAAGCGGAGGCUCGUCAGCGUGAAGCUGAAGAUCGCAUGCGACGUAUGGCAGAAGAUAUGGAACGUGCUAAGAGAGAAUUGCUCGAGGCUCAAAACACCAUUCAUAAUCUUGAAAUGCAGCUAAGGCAGUUGCAAUUGGCGAAAGAGGCUCUUGAAAACAAGGAAGUCGAACUGCGUGAACUUACUGCUCAGCUGCAAUCUGAAAAGAUGAUGAGUGAUGAGGAAAGGCGAAGACUUCGUGAUGAAGUUGCUCAGCGUGAGACCGAGGUGCAAGAAAUGCGCAAUGAAGUUCAGCGCCAGACCGAGGUUACUCACCGUUUGCAAGACGAAGUUGAAGCUGCUCGCCGUGAGGCUGUCAUGCAGCAUAGCUCCAUUAUCAAUCAUACUACUCAUAUCCAUCACACGAUGCUCACACGCGAGGAUAAUCACACCGACGAAGAUGAGAAUUGUACGACUGACCUCACCAAUGAAGCUGACCAACAUGUGCCUCAGCGAGAGCUAGAUCGUAUCACGGCUACCGAACAGAAUCAGAGCAUAAAAACCAAGCUCGAGAUGCUUACCCGCGAACUUGAAGUGGUGAAGGAUGAGCGUGCUGUCACCGACUACGACGUAUUGCACAUGGAGAACAAACGAGCCGGUCGUGACAAGUACAAGACGCUGCGUCAGAUCCGUGGCGGAAAUACGAAACGUCGAAUCGAUCAGUAUGAGAACAUGUAA